ACCUCUUCUAAGCUUGAAUCUGAAACUGCAUCACGGUUUCGAUCAGAUGGAAGAGGAUUCUGAGAACUAGAAGGAGACAUUGAUGGAGGAAGUAGGCAGACCGGGAGUCUUCGUCGUCGGUUCCUCUGGUGUCGGCAAGCGCACCCUUCUCUCGCGAUUGCUCUCUGUCGAUUUUGAGGAUUCAUCAUCUCAAACCGAAGUUCAUGACUGGACGAUAAACACCAAGUAUUACUCUGCGGAUGUAUCUGUUUGGAUAUCACAUAUUUCCGAUGACUACUCUCUCCCUCACUCACAUCCACUUGUGGCGUUAGUUUUGGUCUUCGACUUGACUCAGCUGUCAACUCUUGUUGCUCUUCAAGACUGGGUUUCUCAUGCUCCAGACAUCAACAGUUUUGAUAUAUUGUUGUGCAUUGGGAACAAAGUAGAUCUUGUCCCUCAUCACCCUGCUCAUGAUGAAUAUAGAAGACGUCUUUUGAAAGCAACUGACUCCUCCUCUACAGAUCUGUAUGAUGAGUUUGGCAUCUCCCAAAGUGAAGGAAGUAGCUUGUUGGGGAGCGACGACGAUACAUCAGUGGAUAUCAGGGGAACUUGUCUUGAGUGGUGCCGCGACAACAACAUCGAGUUCAUUGAGGCUUGUGCAUCUAAUCCUGAUUUUGACAAGUGUUUAUCAGUCGAUGGGGAUUCUCAAGGGGUUGAACGUCUGUUUGGUGCUCUUUCGGCACAUAUGUGGCCUGGAAUGAUUCUCAAAUCGGGUGAUAAGAUAAAUGAACCCGUGUUACCUCAUGGUGAAGAGUUGUCAGAAGAAGAAUCUGAAUAUGAAUUGGAGUAUGAAGUCCUAUCAUCAGGCUCAGCCGAUCCAUGGGAAAAUAUCGAUGAGAGAUGGGUUUCCGCAAGUGAAUCUCAUUCAUACGCAGAUGCUGGCGGAUCCACCUCACGGGAGGUAGAAAAUAAUAUGGUGAAUCCAAAGGAAGUAGAGCUGCGGUCUUCAGGGACACAGAGUGAGACUGACAGAGCAGUAGUAACAACAGAUGAGAUACCUUUGGGCACAGAACACGACAAAUUUUAUGAGUCGGAAGACGUGGAACAGUUGAUGUCAGAAAUAGGGAACAUCCGUGACAACUUGCGGCUCAUGCCUGAUUUCCAGAGGAGGGAAAUAGCUGCAAAUCUAGCGAUGAAAAUGGCUUCUAUGUUUGGAGGCGACGACAGUGAUAAUGAGGAAGAAUCUGAAUGAACCCGUUUAUAUUUCUGAAGAUCAGCAUGAACCACAGUGUAAUCCUUUGCUUUAUAAAACCUUUUUUUUUGUAAUCAUUCGUUUCAUGCUUUGUGACAGACUCUGGCACUAAUACUACCUAUGUGAAGCCGACAUGUUAUGUAAUUCAUUACUUUUUCUCUUGA